ACCGACCAGCAGUAAGAAACUACAAUAAAUUAAACUUAGAUUCUAUAACACUGCCGGAGAAACAACCGAAACCCAAUUUCCAGAAUAAUUCACAACUCACAACUUCCAACCUUAUCGUUAACAAUUUACACACACCUUCUCUUCCGAACUGAAACACACACAACACACACACACACAACACACAGUUUCUGUAAUAAUAUAUACAUACACAGAUGAGUGUAUCUACAAUGAGAUUCACUGAGCUUCCAUUUCGCAACACAAACCCACUUAUCUCACGCACUUUCUUAUUCUCUCCUGCUAAAACCCCAUCUUAUUCUUACAUUAUUAUUAAACCCUUUUCAUCUCUCCGUUCAAACCCCCCUAAAGCCCCUCAAAAACCCCAUUUUUCUGCUAAAACACCAUCAAAUUCAGCUGCUCCUUGGCUCAAUAAGUGGCCCUCUUCAAAACCCAAUUCUCAAUUGGCCUCUAAGAGUGUUAAAGAACCCGAAAAACGCAAUCUUGAUACUAAAGAACCUGAAAAUGGUAGGACUAGUGCUAUUGAGAGAAUUGUGUUGAGGUUGCGAAAUCUUGGGUUGGGGAGUGAUGAUGAGGAGGAUGAGGAAGAGGGUGAGGGGGAGAAUGUGGUGGGGGUUAGUGGGGAUGAGAGGUUAGGGGAGUUGUUGAAGAGGGAUUGGGUUCGGCCCGAUACGAUAUUGGAUGAGGAUGGGGAGGAUGAGAGUGUGUUGCCGUGGGAGAGGGAGGAGGCGGAGGUUGUGGAGGAAGGGGUGGGGGUGAAGAAAAGGGCGGUGAAGGCACCUACAUUGGCGGAAUUGACAAUUGAGGAUGAGGAGUUGAGAAGGUUGAGGAGGGUGGGGAUGACUAUUAGGGAGAGGGUUAGUGUGGCCAAGGCGGGUGUUACGGGUGCCGUUCUUGAGAAGAUUCAUGAUCAGUGGAGGAAGUCGGAGUUGGUUAGGCUUAAGUUUCAUGAGAGUUUGGCUCGGGAUAUGAGAAGUGCUCAUGAGAUUGUUGAGCGUCGGACAGGAGGAUUAGUCAUAUGGAGAUCUGGAAGUGUUAUGAUGGUGUACCGGGGAAGUAAUUAUGCUGGGCCUUCUUCACGACCUCAAUCCACUCAGAGAGAAGGAGAUACCCUUUUCGUCUCGGAUGUCUCUUCUUCUCGCAGUCCAACAACAAAUGGUGCCGAUAAUGUUUCCAUUCCAGCAAAUACCAAACCAUUGGUAGGCUACGUUGGAAGCAUGAGUGAAGAGGAAACUGCGUUCAAUAACUUGCUCGAUGGUUUAGGACCACGGUUUGAGGACUGGUGGGGCACUGGAAUACUUCCAGUAGAUGCUGAUUUACUCCCUCAGAAGAUUCCGGGAUACAAGACACCUUUCAGGCUUCUUCCAACUGGAAUGCGACCCCGCUUAACAAAUGCAGAGAUGACUAAUCUAAGAAAACUUGCUAAAUCGCUACCAUGUCAUUUUGCACUCGGGAGAAAUAGGAAUCAUCAAGGACUGGCUGCGGCAAUAAUUGAGCUUUGGGAGAGAAGUGUAGUGGUGAAAAUCGCUGUGAAACGUGGAAUCCAGAACACUAACAACUUAUUAAUGGCCGAAGAAAUAAAGACACUAACAGGAGGUAUCUUGCUACUCAGAAACAAAUAUUAUAUAGUAAUAUACCGCGGAAAAGAUUUUGUUCCUAGAAGUGUGGCUACUGCUUUAGCCGAAAGACAGGAAGCGACUAAAGAAAUACAAGAUAAUGAAGAGAGAGUUCGCAGGGGAAUAGUAGAAGCUGCUUCUAUCAGUGGUUCAGCUGAUGAUGAAGAAGUUGCAGAAUCAAAAGAUGAUGUUAAAGAUAAUGUACAGAUGGAAGCAAAGGAGACAACUUCAAUUGAUAAACCAGGACCACCACUUGCUGGUACAUUGGCAGAGUUUUACGAAGCUCAAGCUCAAUGGGGAAGGGAAAUGUCUGCUGAGGAGCAGGAGAAGAUUAUUAAAGAAGUGUCAAGAUCAAAGACAGCCAGAAGUGUCAAGCGGCUUGAACACAAGCUAUUUAUUGCCCAGGCCAAAAAUUCCAAGGCAGCGAAAGAGUUGGCUAAAAUAAGAGAAUCCUGGCUCCCUGUUGGUCCUCCUGAGGAUCAGGAAACGAUUACUGACGAGGAACGAGUUAUGUUUCGAAAAGUGGGACUUAGAAUGAAGCCAUACUUGCCACUUGGUAUUCGUGGUGUUUUUGAUGGUGUAAUUGAGAACAUGCAUCUGCACUGGAAGCAUAGAGAGCUUGUAAAAUUAAUCUCAAAACAAAAGGAUCCGGCAUUUGUUGAAGAAACUGCAAGACUAUUGGAAUUCGAAAGUGGGGGAAUACUUAUAGACAUAGUACGAGUUCCAAAAGGUUAUGCUAUUAUUUACUAUCGUGGAAAGAAUUAUCGACGACCUAUUAGCCUGAGACCAAGAAAUCUUCCAACAAAGGCACGUGCAUUGAAGCGCUGGAUGGCAUUGCAGCGAUACGAGGCUCUUAGUGAACACAUAGUGGAACUUGAGAAAGCAAUGGAGCAAUUGAAAUCUGAGAGUGGUGAUCCAGAUGACGAAGAGGGCAAUGAGACAGGGGAGUCAGAUGAUGAGCAAAGCCAAAUCAAUAAUGUCUUAAAUUCUAACCUGAUCGAAGAUGAAUGGAGGAGUUCUGAUGAAGAUGAAAGAGACGAUCUUGAAGACAGUGAUAGCGAAGAUUUUGAAGAUGAUGAAGAUAUGGACUAUCAACCUUUGUGAACCAUGAGUUUGCUUGUGAGAGGAAGGUUUAAUACGUUGGUUCGGUAGGAUAGUUCCAUACGGGUAUAUCAAGCAUCGUUCUGGCAGAGCUAAUCGGCUUGCAUCAUGUUUAUAGAGAUAUGUUAGUGUUCCGGAAACACUAUCAUUGAGUGAGAAUAUUCGCAAUUAUCAUGCAUAUAGAGAGAAAAUCCUAAAUGAGUACAUCAAAGUCUGAUAGCAUUGAUUCAGUGUCCAGGGAGGGUCUCCAUUAUAUGAAGGUCUUUUUGAUUUCUUUAAUAAUAUAUUGCACAAACACAACGUUCACUCUUA